AUGCUUCAUAGAGUUGAGAUUUCUAUCUAUCUAUCUAUCUAUCUAUCUAUCUAUCUAUCUAUCUAUCUAUCUAUCUAUCGUCUGUUCAUAUCAAUAUCUACCUAUCUAUCUAUCCUAUUUAUUAAUUUGUUCAAGCCUAUGUAUGCAUCCUAUUUUAGUUUGUUCAAAUCUAUCUAUCUAUCUAUCUAUCUAUCUAUCUAUCUAUCUAUCUAUCUAUCUAUCUAUCUAUCUAUUUUUUUUCUUCCAAUAUUUUCUUUCUUUCUUUCUUUAAUCUUUUUUUCUUUUCUUUCUUUCUUUAAUCUCUUUCUUUCUUUCUUUCAUCUCUUUCUUUCUUUAAUCUCUUUCUUUCUUUCUUUCAUCUCUUUCUUUCUUUCAUCUCUUUCUUUCUUUCUUUCUUUAAUCUCUUUAAUCUUCUUUCUUUCUCUAAUCCUUCCCUCCUUCUCUCUUUUCUUCCUGAAUAUAAAGCUUCCUUCACCCCGAUGCUUAAAACCUUUUUAUCUCUUUUAUUCCUGCUCUCCUCUUUUUCCCAAACUCCGACUCACGAACAAAUUCCUUUUUCUUCCCGAACUUCUUUCAUAUCUCUUUCCUACUAAACGCGGUCCUAUUAUUCCGUUGAACACUUCUUUCUUUCUUUCUUUCUUUCGUUCUUUCUUUCUUUCUUUCUUUCGUUCUUUCUUUCUUUCUUUCGUUCUUUCUUUCUUUCUUUCUUUCUUUCUUUCUUUCUUUCUUUCUUUCUUUCUUUCUUGCCAAAUCCCCGUCUUACGAACAUUUUUCUUAAUAAUAAUUUUUAAAUAA